UGAACCAAAUGAGAGAAAUGAAAUCCUUUCCUUCCCCUCCAUUUACCUCCAACCAAACAGAGCCAUGAACACACACUCGGGCGCGGUUAUCGGAUUGUUGUGUGCACCGGAAGGCGCGAGAACCUUUUUGUGGCCCCGCCACCGUGGGGUUGGGGGAAGAAAUUUCUGGAGACAUCGAAGCUUUUAUCUGGCAAUUCGAGUCGGGGGAACCAAGCCCUAGCGAUCAAAACGAUCUCACUCCUGAUCUGCUCCUAUCUUGAAGAGCUGAAUUAUAGGCAAAUUACUCCUUUUCAUCUGCGGUUCAUGGCGACUUCAUCAACCUCUGUCGCUACAUCUGUGUCUUCGCAAUUCACCAACUUCAACGGUUCCUAUUUCCCCGUGCCUUUUCACCUACAGCAAUCCCUAGCAAUGCAGUAUGCGACACCAUAUGCGGCGGUUUCUGCGGCAUCGCCAGCCGUGCAAAUUUCUCCUGCUUCCCUUUAUCCCUCUCCGGCACCGGUCGCUGGUUUGUAUUCUCUGCCACAGUAUCAGCAGGCGCAACAACUAUUUCAAAGGGAUGCACAGGCAAUUACACCUGAAGCUCUUGAGAGUGUCAAGGCGGCCAUUGCAAAUAGUGAGAUUGAGCAUAAAGCGGAGCCCAAAAAGAAAGCAGUUCCUCGCAAAGCUGCUGGCCAAACAUGGGAGGAUCCCACUCUUGCAGACUGGCCAGAAAAUGAUUAUCGGCUCUUUUGCGGUGAUCUUGGUAAUGAGGUGAAUGAUGAUGUUCUUUCAAAAACAUUUUCUCGAUUUCCUUCCUUUAACAUGGCACGGGUAAGUGGAUCUUUCAUCUAACUACGUCUUUCACUUUUGGUGACAAUCAUGUCAGUGUGAACAAUUUUUAUUUCCUCUUCAGAUUUUUAUUUGAAGGAACAGAGCGUGAAUCUUAAGGAUCUCUCAUUGGCGAAGAUGAUUGGUAGUGCUGAGGAGUGUGGUGGGCUCUAUUACGGGAAUCAAUCGUGAAUAAUCUCUGGUUGUCAGAGACAAGCGGACUGGAAAAACGAAGGGUUAUGGAUUUGUAAGCUUUGCCAAUCCUGCUGACCUUGCUGCUGCUCUCAAAGAAAUGAAUGGUAAAUAUGUUGGAAAUCGGCCAAUUAAGCUUCGCAAGAGUAGUUGGCAGGAGAGGACAG